CAAGACUACAAUCAAAAUGGUUGCAAUAAGAUCAAUUAGCAUGAAAAAUUGCUAGUGAUUUAUAAAAAAGUAAAUUAAGCAGUCAAAUUUCUGAUUCUAAUUAUUACAUCAGGAGUUGAUUGAUUUCAAUUAAUGGUCGAUAUAUAAUUGGAGAAAUAGUUUGAAAGAGCUGAAAGUAUGCAAAACUUUGAUGACCUUGAUAUAGAGGGGCGCAAUCCGUCUCAUCUAUCAGAAGAAGAACGAGAAAAGGAAGAAAGUGAUCGUAAAAGAUUGAUGCGCUGCAGUGUAACUGCAGAAGAUGGAACACUUCGACCAGUAUAUUCUCGGACAGAAGAUGGUGAUAUUUGGUGUCAUAUUUGUAAUAUUGCACUAUUUGGUUCACAUAAAUUACAAUCACACAACACAUCAAGUAGACAUAAGAUAAAAUUAGAUGAGUGGCCAUAUCCAGUGUCAUUAUGGUCAAAGAGAGAUACCAUGAAAGGUUCAAUGCAAUCAAUUUCUUCAUUAAAUGAUUCUUUGGCACCUGGAGAACCUGUUCCUCCGGGCAUGGAAGAUCAAAUAACUCGCGCAACGCAGAUCCAAACGAGCCUGGAUCGUCAUCAAAGCUCUCCAUUAGUUGGACUUGAAUAUUUAUUGGAACUUAUUGACAAUGAUUCAUGUGAACCAAGUUACACCUGUGUCUUAUGUGAUAAACGUGGUGAUCCACGUACCGUCAUGGCUCACAUCACAUCAUACAAUCAUCGAAUCACUUAUUUAAAUAGACAUUUCCCGACAAUAUCACGUGCUAUUACGGAUUUACCGCGUACUCCCAAUUAUAAACGUGGCGCCAAUGAAAUUUCCGUUCUAGUAGCCAAGAAAAUUGAAGAAAAGUUUGGAAGACUUCAUCCACAACUUGUGGAUAAGAACCAGUUUGAGAAGAAUAAACUUCAAUUUAUUAAAAAUGUUUAUCAGGACUAUCAUUUUAGGGAAACGCCCGAGUUAACAUUUAUGGAAGUUUAUGAUGUGCGUUGGGUGACAAACUUUGAAGAAAAAUUGGCAGAAAUGACUGGUGAAUCAAAAAAAGAUGAGAAUAUUGACGAAAAACCUAAGAAAGAAGAUAGCAUGGAGAAAGCCUUUCCUAAAAAAAUUGAACCAGAUACUAGUAAAUCAGGAAUGAAAAUUCGCAUCAUGACAAAGGAAAAAUUAUCCAAAAAAGCCGAUAAAGAAAUGAAAGGUCCAGCAGACGAUACAAAAUCUUUAUCAUCUCUUUCCAGCAUUUCUAGCAGUCCUUCACCGUCUAGAUCACGUUCACGAUCUCAUAGUCCAAUUCGAACUCGCGAAAAAUCAUCAAAACAUCGAUUGAGCAAUAAAUCAUCUCGGUACGGUCGGUCCCGGUCGCGAUCACGUUCAAAUGAACCACUUCGAGAACGCGAUAAAUGGGAUAAAUUUCGCGAACAAAUUCGUAGAGCUGAAGAAACACUUGAUCGUGCUUUGAAAUUCCAUGAAAAAAAUCCAGAAAAACAUCCAGCAUAUCCAGAUGAAUGGAAAAAAUUCUGGAAUCGCCGAUAUAAAGAACUACAAGCUGAAGGUAAAGAUCCAAGUAAACAUGAUUUUAAACCAGAGUGGAUUGAAUUUUGGAAUAAAAGAAUGCGUGAAAUUCACAAUGAGCAACUUUCUCAAAGAAAAGAAGAAAUAAGGAAACGGUUAGAGCUUCCAGAAGAUAAACCACCAGAAACUAAAUGGGUUCCACCACCAAAAAGAGAUAAAGAAGAGCGUAGUUCUCCAAGUAAAAGGUCUAGACAUCAUGUAGAAAGUGAUGAUGAUGUAGAAUAUGUAGGAACUAAGAUGAUAAAACCUGAACGAAGUGAAUACCGAGAGAGACAUGAACGUGAAAUAGUUAGAGAUAGAGAAUAUGGAUAUUUAUAUCGAGAAAAGCCGUCCUAUCGAAGCUAUUAUGUUCCAUCAGUGCGUCCGCCAAUGCCUAGGCCACGCCACUAUACACCGUAUACUGUAAAAGAAAAAUCGCCAAGCCCUGCCAAAGAUGAUAACCUGAAAGAAGAUCUUGAAAUUGUUGGACUUCUUCGACUUUUGACAGCACUUGAAGCUCAAUUAGGUUCAUUGGGUCCUAAAGUUGUCUCUUUACUUUCAAAGGCACUUGCUGCCGAAAAAGCCAAGCCCAAUUCCGCCGAAGAGCUUUUAUAUGAUGAAGAGGUAAGCGUUCUAUUUGAGACAGUCAAAGAAAAACUCAAGGGACAACUUUUUGCUGGAAUGAUUGAGAAGGUAGCAAUUGCUGCGACGAAAUCUGCCAUUCAGAAUAUUGCUCAGUUACUUCAUAAAGCGACUGAAGAAAAGAAAAAAAGAGAAGAAGAAGAAGAAAAAAAGAAAAAACAAGCUCAAGAGAUUGCAAGGUCUAUUGCAGCUUUUUCGUCAAGAUCUCUCUUUCCAACUAUCAGAUCAGAGCCUGUCAGUGUUCCUGGUAUUGGAGCUAUUGAUAAAGUAGCUAUAGCUCAACAAAUAGCGGCAGCUCUUAUUGCUCAAGGAAGAACUAAUGUUUCCCAAGAUGAGUUAGAAACUCUAAUUAAUGCAGUAGUUGGUAUGGCUGAAGCUUCACAACAUAGUGAUAAACCAGUUACAGCUGCUAGUUUUGUGAAAAGUUUAACAAUUAAAACACAGCCUACCAUAACAGAAGUUAUAACACCAGUUACUACAAGCUCAAUUUCAACUACUCCUAGCAUUCCAGAACCGCCAGUAGUUGAGAGAGUUAAAGAAACACCAAUCAUACCACCAAAAAUCAUUGAUCCUAUUGAAGCUCAUGCUGCAAGAAUGGAAAAAUUAACUGAUAACGAUCUUAAAGAUCUUCUUCAAAACUUUAAGGAAUUAGGAACUGAUGAACAACAUGGACUAAUCAAUUUCCUGAAAAAGUUAGAAGCUUCCGAUCCUGCGAGAGUAGAAAAGUUAAGAGGAUAUGUCAAUUUAGGUGGAUCAAGUAGUCAAAGAGCUGAAACACCUGUUAAAGACGUCGAAGAAAUUCCCGUUAAACCUUCGAGAAGUGUUUCACCAUUUGCGUCAAGAAAAGGAGCUCAUAAUCCUAUUGACGACGAUCAUCAAAAAUGGAAACCGAAACUUGAUAUUUUCGCUGAUGAAGAGGAAGAUAAAAAACGAAAAGAAGAUGAGAGAAAUAAAAAAAUAGAUCUUUCCGAUGAUGACGAUGAUUAUUCUUUUGAAGAUAUUUAUAAAGCAGCUGAUAAGAAUGUUUCAGAAAAUGAAAAAGCCAGGAGAUCUAAUUCGUUAUCAAGAUCGUGGUCUAGAUCUAGAUCUAAAUCACCUUUAUCGAAGAAAGAAGCUAAAGUUAAUGAUCCAACAGCUAUUUUAAACGAGACAAAACGGCUUAUUGCUAACAUAAUGGGCGAUUUGCCUAAUAAGUAUGUCGUGAAGUCUCAUAAUCCUCAAAAAGAACGACAAAAUUCACUUAAUGUUGAUCUAGCACCUCCUGGAUCUACCAAUGUUUCAAUUCCUCCAUCUACAAAUUAUCCAACGAGUUAUCCACAUGUAAAUCAACAGAAUCCAAUAUCUUAUCCCAGCAAUUUAAGUAAUCAGAACUUCUCUAAUUAUCAACAACCUCCGCAACAGAGUUUUAAUCAUCAAGGAUAUAUGAAUAAUAUGCCAAGUAAUAUGAAUAAUAUGCCUAGUAGCAUGUCUAGUAUGAAUCCUAAUGUAGGAUCUAUGUCUAACAUGAAUAAUGGAUAUAAUAAUUACAAUCAACCACCAUACAAUAAUUUAAAUAAUCAAAAUCAAUAUGGUGGGCCUGGUAUGCAACAAAAUCAAUAUCCAUCUCAACAAGUGUAUGGCGGACCUCAAUAUGGCGCACCAUCAGCCCCUAUUGGAUAUCCACAACAAAGUCAAUAUGGAAAUUAUUCACAACGGUUUUAUUAAAAAAUCACCCUUAACACGUAAUCGAUGAAAAGGGCGGUAAGAGAUAUUUUUUUUAAUAUACGAAUUAUUUUGUAAACUACAAAAUAGUUUAAUAACAACAAUAAGCUAUUUUUAUAUCAAAUUCAUUUUUUUAUGAAAAAAUUUUCAUUGUUUAUUUUUAAAAAAAAAAAAUAUGCUGAAAAUGUUUGUUAACAUUUAAUGAGCUUUUUUUAAGAAAACGUUCUUCAUAACUGUAAAAACAUAAAAAAAUUCUAUAUUUACUUUUACUCUUAGGAUCUUUUAUCAUCAAUAGUUACGUUAAAUUCAAUUGAAACAAUAUCUUUAAAAUAUUUCGGAUCAUCAUCAAUUCGUUGAAACUUGAUUUAAAAAAAUGAAAUGUUAUCUCGACUGCUGAAAAUAUAACGUUUGUGUGAUCAGAAUUUCUUCUGUCUAUAAGUAACUAAUAUGUACAGUGGUGUGGUAAAAAUUGUUUAUAAAUAAUAGUGGAUUCAAUAGUGACAAUAUCAUAUGGUUUUAAUUAUAAACAAUAAGUGCAGAACAGAGUGAAAAGAAGAACGUAAGAAUUAAGAAUCAGGUAGAAAAGUAAUAAAUACACCAGGUUUAAGUAAUUAAUAUAAAUAUUCGAUAAUUGGUCUAUUUUUUAUUACAGAGGCCGUCAUAAAGGUGAACAGUUUUUUUAAAAUUAGUUAUCAUUAGUAAUAGAAGAUAUUCGUCUUCUGUGAUUUUUUUUUUUUUUAGAAAUAGAUAUCAUUUUUAAACAGCAAAGUGUUAUGUAUUCAUUGUAAUUAAUUAAUCAUUAAUGAUGAUUCAUUAGUAAUUACAACUACUGUUAUUAUACUCACUACUAGUAUCUUUUU